GGCAGGCGCCUCCUCCACUGGGGACGGCGACCCCACGGGGAAGUUUAUUUGGAGGAAAUAGCUUCGCGAGAGGUGGAAGAAAGGCCCUCUUGGGUCCCCUCGGCGCUUGACGGGCGCCCCACACUCUUCCCCCGCCUCCAGGCUUGCAGCAGUUAGUUACACAAGCGGGAAAAAGGCGGCCCGCCGCCGAGGAACCGAGAGCGGUUCUUUCGCCGGGAAAGCCGUCGAAGCGGAGGGCCGGGGAGGCGCUGCCCUCGGCGGGCGGGACCAGGGGCGGGGCGUCGCUCCCCAACAUAUAGCCGGCCCCGCGCGCCUCCUGCUCCUCGGCGCUGCCCGGGAGGCGGCAAUAAGCGCGGCAGCAGCAGCAGCCGGAGCGGCAGCAUGGUGACGACCCUCCCUAGCGAGGCUCCGGGCAGGCGGCGGAGCCCUCCGCUCAAGCGGCAGCGGGCGGAGGACGUGACCCCCGAGGAGCGCCCCGAGGCCCCCGGCGCCGUCGAGGCCGGCCUCGGGCUCCGCGCGCCGGUCAAGAAGAGCAAGGCCCCCCCGGUGGGGCUCCUCUCCGGCCGGGCCGGGUCCCCGGGUCGCCGCCGCUGCGAGCCCAUGCGAGCCCUGGAGAGGCAGACCUUCCGCGACUACGGGCAGAGCUGGUACCGCUUCCGAAAGGAGCUGGAGGGCAAGUUCCACCCGCUCGACCCGCUGGCCCAGCAGCCGCAAGUAAGCGGAGGGUGGGUGGAGGUGGCGGGGUUUUGCUUUUUUCACACACACACCCCGAAUGAAACACACAAAAGGGAAUCGCGGGCAACUCUUGGCGAGGUUAGAAAGUGAGCAUCUACUCAUGUAUUUUGUACACUCUUGUUCUCAACUCUUUCUGACACGGAAUCCUGUAAACGUGGGAGCAGAAUUGUGUCCGCUCUGACAGGGCAAAGUCCCAGCUCCCGUGUACAGUCUUCUUGAGUACACUUAGUGCACAGGUAAGAUAUUUUAUAGGUUUUGGGGCGGAGACAAGAGGUGCGUUUCCGCUCUUCCCCAUUAUGCACAUUUAGUGUGAUGUAUGAAGAGUCCUAGAUUUCUUCUUUCCACUGUGUUCCCCGUCCCCCUAACUUUGUGUAGGAAGCAGUAUAAAACUGGGUAGAUCGGCAUCACAGAUACACGUGUUUCAGUGUUUAUACAUACAUAAGCUAGAGAAAGCUGCUUUCCAGCUGAUCCUCACACAAAUACCAUGGGCGCAGGGGGGCAGCUGCCCCACCCCCCUAAAUCACACAAAUCAAUAAAAAUAACUGAGGUUCUGCCCCCCCUUAACAUAAAUCUAUAUAUCUAUAACCACAUAAACCAAUAGAUGUGGUUGUCACAUAAGAUGGUCAGUUUUCAUGUGUUUUCUGUGCAGAAAACAAAUGCCUGAAGGCUUUCUCUUUUGUCAUUAUAAGCUCUUCAAGACAAAAAGCAAAGUGAAAGCACUUAAUAACAUUUGUAGGUGAGAAAAAAAGAUCCCUUCAUUCCUGAUUUAGCAAGGCACCAGCUACACGAUCUUAGGCAAAUUUGGGAUGACAGAACCACAUGAUAAGAUAAAGCUUAAUGCUCCUGACAGGCUGACCCUGAGAGACAUUGGGAAGUUAUGAUCAGAGGCUAUUAGGCAGAGCUGUCAGUGGAGUGGAACCUGAACUUAAAAGAGGUUGGACAUUUAGAGGGAGUCUCAGAAAGUACCAGCUAUACACCAUGCUCUGGUUUGUAUCUAGAAAAUACAUUCUGAAAUAUAUCUUUCAUUUUCCACAUCCAACAUCACCAUCUUUGUUACACGUACUGUAAUUUUUUUGCAUGUCUUUGUCCAUUUUGGCAACUGCAAAGAACAGCAUAAUUAUCUGCAUAUAGUUGUCUGGCAUACUGUGCUUGUGCUCUGCAAUCUCAUUCUACCUCUGGCACAUUGCUUUCCUGUGAGCAUCUUAAGCUGAUGCUUAACAUUUGUAAAGCAUCCCACAUGCUGCUUUGAAUUUACUCAGUUCUCAGUCAUUUCCUGCUUUUUGACUCCAGUGAAGUCUGUGGAGGCUUCUGAAAAAUAAAGUAUGAGUGGCUUUAUAACCUCAUGAAAGCAUUUUCACACACAAAUACCUUUUCACCCUUUCCUGGAUUUUCCUAUACCUUUCACACACAAUUUAACUACAAAGGAGGGUUAGGGGGAAAGUGUGCACCAUGAAAUGUGUGUGUCUUUUGUUGCACGUAAAUGUUUGGUAGGUAUUGUACCAAAAUAGAUGUUUGUACACCCAUCACGUGAGCUGUGCAAUGGAGUGGUGACAAUAAAGGGCAACUAGGAUCCCAUAUAUAAUAUGGUGUAAUUAAAUAUUAAAUACUACCAAUGUUAAAUGACAACAUUGGUUGCGGAUUAUAAAUCACUCAUAAUAACUAGGGAAAUGAAGUUCACAACAACUGCACGCAAGAGAUCAUGGAAUAGAAUUGGGCUUAAAAAAUAAAAGUGCAUCUGAACACUUGGAGAUGGUAUGUGGAGAGAUGAACCUAGGAAACCACCAAAAUUGUUGAGCUUCUUUUUAGAAAGCCACCCAAAUUGUUGAGCUUUUUCGGGGAAACUUCCCCCCAAAAUAAGCUUUUGGAGCUGUUUCUACCACUUUUCCCAUCGCGUUGCCAUACAUCCAGGUUUUCCCUGACAUUUUGCUGCUUCGGCAAAAUCCACCCCCCACCCCCAAAAAACCAGGACAUGUCAGGAAUUUUCCUGACAUAUGGCAAGCCUAGAUGAACCCCAUUACUACUUUUCACCCUCUACCCCAAUAUGUGCAUCAUUGUUUCUAUGUGGGAGACACUGAAGAAAGAGUAGUACAUCUCCGUACAUGCCUCCCCUGAGAAUAUAUUUUCCCAUUGUUGUGUACAGCAGUCUGCUUCCAUUUGUGAAAAGGUUGUAUGUCUACUUUCAGCAUUUAUGCAGUCCUUUAUAACUUCUCUAUCUGUGCAUGUGGGACAUAAGCUUUAUGUUGUAGCCUUGCGCAUGAUGGUUUCUGCAGCCACCACAAUAAUUGCAAAAAUCUUGCUGCCUUAAAGCAAAGUAAAAAUUAACUCCAUCAUGGCAGCUCUUUUGAUAAUCUGGUUUCUUUGAUUUCUGUCACUGGUGUUCACAAAAAUCAUUACACAUGGGAGAAUAAUUUUGUUAUUUCAGUUGAAACUAAUACAUAGGCAGGAGUAAGGAAUUCAGUAAAUGUCCUAAAACUUUGAUGCAAUAUUUUGGUUCUCAUUAAUAAGAGUCUAUAAUACAGUAAAUGGUUGCCUCUAUAUUUCAUUAUUGCCUCUUUUCCCAUCAUAACCUUUUCUCUUCUCUGCUUCCCAGAUAACUGCAGAGGCUCGGUGCAAACUGAUCAGCUGGCUAAUUCCAGUGCAUAAACACUUUGGCUUCUCUUUUGAGUCCUUAUGCCUGGCAGUAAACACUCUAGACCGCUUCCUUACCACCACCCCAGUGGCUGCUGACUGCUUCCAACUCCUAGGGGUCACCUCCCUCUUCAUCUCUUGCAAACAGGUACAAGGACUUAGAGGCUCUCCCCUUUGUUUUUUAUGAUUAUGAUUAAUUCAGUUUAUAUACUUCCCUUUAUUAAAAUAUCUCAGGGCCACGUACAACAUUAGAAACAUGUUACAAAACAUUGAAGAUAAAAACUAAAUUAAAAAACAUACAGAUUUCCUAAUAGUAAAAUAAUCAUAAUAAUAACAGCCCUCUCCUUUGUUUAGGUAGUAUGGUUUGUUAUUGCUAUUGAAUACAUACGUUAAGAACAGCUUAUAAGAGAAGAGAUCUCUGAACCAUAGUGAUUUAAGAGGCUCCAAUAAGUUACAUGGGGUUCCUGACUACAGUUGGGUCACUUGUAUGUUUCAUGGUUUUGUACUCUGAUACUAAAGAUCUGCUCAUAAAUUCAUAAAUCUCAACCCAUUUCCAUCCUAACAGAUUCAUUUUUAUAGGAAAGAAUGUAAAUAAUGUGGCAGACAUGUAGCUCAGACUCUUAGGGCCUUUUCAGAAGGUAUUUCACUGCUAACAGCUUGCUAUCCCUUGGAUCCUAAGAUCAGAUAAGCUAACUUAAGGAAGUUCACAGAAUGAAAGUUUCCUGUUCCUUCCUUCCUCCUUGCAGCCAUCUGUGCCCCUCAAAAAGCCUAUUGGAAAGAUCAGGAGUCCUCCUGCACAAAGUGAGAAAGAACAUGUGGGGAGAUCACCAGAACUCAUCAUGCUUGGAUCAUAAGAUAUCAUAAGGACAUUUAUAGAAAGUUUCCCAUCUCCUCCUUUCAUAGGCAGCCCCUCAAACUCCCAUCUCAUUUAGUUCAGGAAAGACCCUUGACCCUCCAAGAGAGGUUUUUAUGUGGUCACAGGUAGCUUCAAUUGGGAGGAGAGAACAGGAACUUUUAGUUCUGUGAAGUUAAACUAGCUUAACUUAGGAUCUAAACCACUGUGUUCACCACAUUUCACCCAAACAGGGAAGGUGUGCCCCGCAGUUGUAGAGAUGAGCAACAACCUUAAAAAAUAUAAUUGUGUACGGUCAAAUUGAGGCCAUUUAAUUCUCUUGUUUUGAAUCAGGAGUUGGAAGCUUUUUCUGUUAAGCACCAUUUUUCCUCAGGAGUAAUCUGUUGGCGGGGAGGGGUAGGCCAGAGGUCCAUGGGGCUGGUGGCUGUAAUAGGGAGAGUUAGAAUCAAAGGUAGCUAGGAUUCUCCUUUCUUUAUUUCUGCUUCUGCCACCCCUCUGAGCAUAUGUGUGCUUUCUCUCUCCACAUUCCCUUUCUCCCUGUUCGUUCUUUCCUCAUCAGGCACAUGAAAUUAGGCCACAAGGUUCCCGACUCCUAAUUUAGCUAGAAGAGAGUUAAGCUUACGUUAAACUCCCACCAGGCUGGAGGUAGGCUGUGUUCCUGUUUAGUUGCAUUGCAUCUGACCUUGACUAAAUUACAGGUGAUAAUGAGAAGUGCUUUACCUUUGGGAAUAUAAUAGCAGUAACACAUUUGUACCAGUUCUGGAAAUACCCACAGGCAUUGUUUUCUUUUAUAUUUUGUGCUAAUGGUGUGCACUCUUUCCUUUGCUUGUCUGCCUUUCAGGUGGAAGUGCACCCACCCAAGGCGAAACAGCUCCUCGCUCUUUGCUGUGACACUUUCUCUCGCCAGCAGCUCUGCAACCUGGAGUGCAUCAUUCUGAACAAACUCCACUUCAACCUGGCAGCCCCCACCAUCAGCUUCUUCCUGGAACACUUCACACAUAUGCGGAUGGAGGCCUGUGAAGCUGAUGCCUGGGAGGCCAAGAAUGCCAAAGCUCUGGCCAAAGGUGUGGCUGAACUUAGCCUGGCCGACUAUGCUUUUAACAAAUACAUGCCUUCCUUGCUGGCUGUUUGUUGCUUGGGCCUGGCUGAUCAGAUGUUGCAGCAUCAGAAACCGCUGGACUUGCAAUUAAGUGACUAUCCAGAGGGGGUUUUACAAGAUUGCUUGGACAAGCUGCACUUACUGGUGUCUUUGAAUGAGGACUCUCUGCCUCUGGUGCUACCCCCUGAGAUUUCAGAUCAGUGUCUGCACUUAGAAAAAUGAGCCGACCAAACAAAAAUACUUGAAGACCAUGCAUUUGGAAGUUUGUCCGAUUUUUCAAAUGCAUGUACAGAAGGACCACUGAUAGUUGCAAUACCUCUAAAAUAACAGUAUUCUCUUUUUAACAUUUGUUCAAUAGUCUCUUCAAUGAGUUUUACAUGAUAUUUAUUUGUAAUGGAAGCUAUGUUGUUGGUUUAGAACGUAAUCUACUAAGCACUGGCUUCUCUAAUCUUUUAAAUGUAAUUUCAAAUUCUUAUUUGCACAGUAAACUUGUCUUAUAUUGCACUUGCAUUAUUUUAAGUAACAAAUUGAAGUUGUAAACAGUGUACAUUAUGCCUGCUUGUAUUUAUUUGAGAUGAUAGUUCAGUGCUCAGCCAUAGGAAAGACAACAGUACUGUAAAGG